UUGGCGGCGCAGGAAGGGGCUGCGCGCGGGGCAGCUGUGCCUCCUGGCCUCGCUGCUGGGGCUCCUGCUGCUCGCGUGCGCCCGGGCAGGCCAGCGGGCUGGCCGCUCAGACGCCGCAGCCGUUUACGAAUCUCUGAACUUCGAUUUGGAGACUAGUGACAAAUGGCUGGGAAGAAGACUACUGCAAGAAACUGAGGAUAAUGUCACUGAUAAGCCAGAAGAAGUAAAGCAUCUCUAUCGAAAAAAUUGCACUGAACCAGCUCUCCGUGAAUUCCCUAAUGACAUCUUUACAAAUGAAGAUCGGCGGCACGGAGCAGUAAUUUUGCAUGCUUUCUGUGCUGUCUACAUGUUCUACGCUUUGGCUAUUAUCUGUGAUGAUUUCUUUGUUCCUUCAUUGGAAAAAAUUUGUGAACGCUUGCACCUCAGUGAAGAUGUGGCAGGGGCAACAUUCAUGGCAGCUGGCAGUUCUGCUCCGGAGCUGUUUACAUCUGUGAUAGGUGUGUUUAUCACAAAAGGAGAUGUAGGUGUUGGAACCAUUGUUGGCUCUGCAGUAUUCAACAUCCUGUGCAUAAUUGGGGUUUGUGGUCUAUUUGCAGGACAGAUAGUUGUACUGUCUUCUUGGAGCCUCUUGAGAGAUUCAGUGUAUUAUACCUGCUCAGUUGCUGCACUUAUUUUGUUUAUUUAUGAUGAAAAAGUUGCUUGGUGGGAGUCUUUAAUCCUAGUGCUGAUGUACUUCAUCUACAUUCUUAUCAUGAAAUUUAAUGCCAAUCUUCAGCAUAUGUUUGAACGGAGGACAAAGAAUGUAACAAAUAUGGUGAACGGAUUAGCAAAUAAUACAGAGAUGGAUGACAACAGCAAUUGUGAUGCUACAGUGGUAUUACUAAAGAAAGGUAACUGUUCCAGAAAUUUCCACCGCAAAGCCUCUGUGAUCAUGGUGGAUGAGUUGCUCUCUGCAUAUCCACACCAGCUGUCCUUUUCAGAGGCUGGACUACGGAUUAUGAUCACAAGUCACUUUCCUCCCAGGACCCGGCUCUCCAUGGCCAGUCGCAUGUUGAUCAAUGAGAGACAAAGAUUAAUCAAUAGCCGAGUGUAUACCAAUGGAGAAUCAGAGAUAGCCAUCAAGGUCCCUUUCAAACAUACCAUGGAGAAUGGAUCAGGGCUCAGCAACUCUGCUAAAGGAAGCACAAAUGGAACCAGAAGAGAUGAAGAGGCUGCGGAGGGUGGCAAUGAAACAGAGAAUGAAAAUGAUGACAAUGAAAACAAUGAGAAUGAUGAGGAGGAGGAGGAGGAGGAAGAAGAUGAUGACGAUGACCAUGGCCCUUACACUCCUUUUGAUCCACCAUCUGGCAUAAUAGAAAUUAUCAAGUGGCUCUUCACCUGGCCUCUAUCUUUGCUCUUAUACUUCACGGUGCCCAACUGUAGCAAACCCUACUGGGAGAAGUGGUUCUUGGUCACUUUUGCUUCAUCUACACUCUGGAUUGCAGCCUUUUCCUAUAUAAUGGUCUGGAUGGUCACAGUCAUUGGUUUCACUUUGGGUAUUCCAGAUGUGAUAAUGGGGAUCACAUUUCUGGCGGCUGGAACCAGUGUACCAGAUUGCAUGGCAAGCCUUAUUGUGGCAAGACAAGGAAUGGGUGACAUGGCCGUUUCUAACUCCAUCGGAAGCAAUGUCUUUGAUAUUCUCGUUGGCCUUGGUCUUCCAUGGUCUCUACAGACUCUAGCAGUAAACUAUGGCUCUGUUAUUCGAUUGAAUAGUCGUGGACUUAUUUAUUCUGUGGGCUUGUUGCUGGCCUCAGUCUUUGUCACAGUGUUUGGAGUUCAUUUGAACAAGUGGAAGUUAGAUAAGAAGCUGGGGUUUGUGUGCCUUUCCCUCUAUGGAAUCUUCUUGUGUUUCUCCAUCAUGACAGAAUUUAAUGUCUUCACGUUUGUAAAUUUGCCUAUGUGCAGAGAUCAUUGAUCCUAUGGACAGUCUGUUGAGAGGCAACUUCCUUCUGUACCAGUGCAAUAUGAAAAUGGUUGGCAUUUCCAAGCAGUAUGAGGCCCCCUAUGAAGGCUGUGAAGUUCAGUGGGCCCUCUUCUUGUCUUGGCUUAGUCUCUUUCUAAGCCAUCUUUUCACACAUACAAACGCUCACCUGGAAACCACCUAUACUGAUGUGAAGAUUUACAAAUUCAGAGAGUCUGAUGGGCAAACUAACUUUUAGCUGGCUCUGAGCCAGAGAAACUGAACUAUUACAGUUUUUUUAAGUUAUUUGAUGGAAGACUAAUUUAUGAAUCAAGACUAUAGCUAAGAUACAAAGAAGAGGGUACAUUGCAUUGACUGCUUUUGGAGAAAAAUGAAAGGAAUUUAUUUUAUUCUUCUUUCCUAAGAAAGUUUCCUUGCAGCUUAUCUACUUUGCAGAAUACUACAUCUCAUUGGAUGAUUCUGAUGUCAUAAACAGCACUGUGAGAGCUGAAUUCCAGGUACUUAUUAACAAGAAUGGACCUGUACUUUUCAAUGACUUCCUUAUGGGAAGUAAUGUACCCCAGGAAGAGAUUUGGGAGGAAUCCUAACUGAAUUCAGACUGUAGAGUUGAACCUUGCUGCCAUUUUAUUCUUAACAGCAGAAUGUGAUCACUAGGUUGUUUAGAAUAUUUCCAAGCAAUAGUUUUAGGCCUAUCGGCCCCAGCAGACUCACGAGAUGGAGUCCUGGUUUUUAACUUGAUUAUUGCCAAGAAAACUACAUGGAUGUAUCCAUGAAGUCAUCAUGAGCCAAAUGUGACUCAAAGGAGAAUUAACACUUUUUUCCCCUUUUAAUUUAAAAUACAAUGCCUGGACUAAUCUGUUAUAGGUUCUCGGUGUUUAUUGAGACUAUUUCUUUAGCACUUUUAGGUUGAAAAGUACUUUAUGACCCUCCCUUUCCUCUUUAUCCUGGCAACUGUUUGUUAAGGUAAGCACUAAUAAUAUUCCUGUGUCUUAAAAAAUAGUGCAGUUGAAAAAGUCUGUAUUCCUGCACAUAUCAACUUUCGGACCACAUUAAGAUUUGAACCAAAAUUGUUUUGAUACAAAACGAAAUUCAGAUAUUUGGAUUAUCAGACCAUCUAUUAAUAUAUGGAGACUGGAGAAGAGGAAAUGGAUGUAAAGGGACAUUAUUGGUUGAGAAGGCAAUAUAAGCACAUGGCACAUGUUUUAAAAUAAUUAGUUGAAGACACUGGUUUGUAAAAAGCAUAUUUUGCACAUAUAUUAUUGCUGAUGUUAUCAUUUGCCAUUCUGCGAAGGAUACACUGGACCUGGGUAGGCAUGUUAUUGUUUUUCCUUUUGUACCCUCCUGGGUGGUUUGCUUGUGCAAAUCCUAUUUUAGGAAUCUUUGUUGGUGGGUUCUUCCUGCUAUUUACCACAAAAUUGCAUAGCACUUAUUUUUACCAGUAGUUUUCUUGAACCUUGGUCAGAGAGGAUUAGAUUUUGACAAACUGAGAAAGCUAUGAUAAAGUCCCCAUUCAGUGUUCCAUUGACUGCUGUCUUUAAUGUGAUUUGCUCUAUUCACUCUGGAAAUCCUGAAGACACCUCAGCUUCCAUGUAGACCUCAUCAAUCCCCAUUACAUUUUCUCUGAUAAAAGCAGCAUUCCUGACUGCCCCAGUGACAUUUAGGCCUGGACUAUCCCGUUUUAUUUUAAUUGCUAUGUAUGUAUAUGCUUUGUUUUACUCUGUUUUUAUAAGAAGGGAUCUUUAGCUAGUCAAACCUAUAAGAAAGAUUUUAUCUAUAUAACCCACAAAGGUCAUUCUUAACAGAAAAACAGAAAGCUGAUGCCUGGGUGUAAACACCUCUUUCAAUCUACCCAUCAAUUUAUACUUUAGUGCUUCUUUAUUUCAAAUGAGUUUCUUUUUGAGAUCACUAGUAUGAAAUAAAAUGUCGUGAUCUGCAGUUUCCCUUCAUCAUAGCACCUUGCUUUUUUCCUAUGACUUCCGUAGUUGAAUUUUCCCUCAUUUAAUGCCAUCCACAUAUGUGGCUAAUUUGUGGCCAGCCAGAUAGAGUAAAUGUAUUAAUAUAAACUUAGUUUGACCAAGAAAAGUUUGCUCUUUUUUGCACCUCUCCCUCGCACAUACAUAUGAGGAUAAUUUGCCAAUUUCUCCCUUGUGCUCAUUUUUAGUGUUUUCAAUUCUGUCAGACAAAUGCAAUAAAAUUGUCAGAACUCAUGUUCUUAUACUAACGUCCCAGUGUAUUCUGAGGGACUAUAACUGCAUUCUGAGUUUUCUAUCUCUUUUUUAAUUAACUACUGAGCAUCUAGCAUGGCAAGAGCCAUUUUGAUGCACUGCUGAAUGCAUAGGACUAGAAGUCUAUGGGUGGGUGAUGGGUUCUGGUCAUUUCUUAGGCACAAAAGCCAGCUGGUGACCUAGGCCUAUUCAUUUUCUCUCGGCUGUAGGAGAGGAUAAUGAGAAACCACUUUAAAAAUGUCAAGGGAAAAAACUUUGAAAAGGUGUUUUUGUAGAGAAAUUAUGAGUUUUAAUUUAGGGCAAUCAAUUGUUUCACAUAGGAAUCUAACAGGUUAUUAAGCUUUAAUUUCACAAUAAACUCUUACAAAGGAAUGAAAUGCAGAAAUAAAUAAAUAGUGGCAAUGACUGUCUUUUCAGAGAUUUUUGUCCACUGUUACAAUUUUUUUUCAUUAAAGAUUGCUUAAUAUGCUCUUAUGAAAUCUUUAGGGUUCUUGUAAUAUAUUAUUUUUACCAUCCACCAUGCCUUCUUCAUUCUGUUUUUAAUUAAAUAAAUAUGGUCACUCAGUAUAUUGCUUUUGAUCAAACCAUUUUACCAUCUAGAAGUUUUUAAAAAAUAUUCAUUAUAUCGCUUCCUCUUGGUUGUAUAAUACACUGUAUAUAGAAAUCCAUCCGACAUCAUCCGUAUGACGAGGAUGGGUUGCUCCCAUUGUCAACACAACACGAUUUAUUGGUGAGGCUUAUACUGCUUCAGUCUUGAACAGCUCUAAAUGACCCCUUGCGAUUUUCUAUAACUCCCCACUCCCUCAAAACACAGAAAAACUGUUUGCAAAACAAAAUGGAACAGAAUAAAUGGAGAGCCUGGAAUGUCACAUACAUAACAAUACUUUGGAGAUAAAAAUACUUUGUGGUAUUGAGCAGUGUGGCUGCUAAAAAAUCUGGCCAGUGCACAUUGACAUGUGCAUGUUGCUAACAUAAAAUUAUUCAUUUUGCAUCACUGUCUUUAUGGAAUGUGAAUAACCCCAGUCUAAAUUUGUAUUAUUUGUAUUAAUGGAACACAUGUUCACCUCUGCAACUAUCCCUUCAGCUCAACAAUAAUUACACACUACUUGGAGAACAGAAUAACAUUUGAAGACAAAUAUUAAAUUGAGAGUUUACCCUGAUUCUAGCAACAAGUAAAAAGGCUGGUGGGUAUUGCCUAUGCUCUCAACUGAGCUGUUCCCAGCCUGGAAUAUCUGACUAGCCUACCUUCUCUCCAUCUCCUCAGUGCCUCUGUUUGCCUCCUACCCCUCAAUUGCCAUUGCCAAGGCACUGUGUCAUCCCAGCACUUUCCCUCUUUUGGUCAUCAGUCAGGUCCCAACACUACAAAAGGCCUUGGCUUUCACCCUGAUCUUUUCAGUACUUUCCCUUCACUCUCAGCCACAUAACACAUCCCAACUCCUUUAUUUUAAAGUUAAACCAUGAAAGAAUCUUCCCAAAUAAGCCAGGAACAGUUUUAUUUCAUUUACCAAUUCAAUUUUUGAUUUAGUACAACUUCCCUAAGGAAAAAUAAAGUUUGGAUUAGUUUCCCUUUAAACCUUUCACCUAAAAGAAGUCAAAACAGCUGUUUUUUUUUCUAUGUAAAUUUGUUAGCAACCUAUAAUAAAAACAUAUUAGCACUAGUACUUCUUUCCCUGGUUUCAUUACUGAUAAUUA